UGCGUCGUCGUGCACGCGCCUUCCGCGUCUGGCCCCUCGCUCGCUGACAGCCAGCGGUGAAAACAUCAUCCGCCGCCGCCUGUACUGGACAUAUUCAUAGAUAAACCGCAGAUAAACAGGAACGAACUGCUUAUUUCCUUUAUACCACUUAUUUACUGACAGAUUUUUCGUCUCAUUUUGUGUGGCCCAGAGAUCCCCGCGGCCAAAAUGAAUCCGUUGUGUAGUAGAUGUAACCGAGUCGUGUAUCCCACGGAAAAAGUGAAUUGUCUUGACAAGUUCUGGCAUAAAGGAUGCUUUAGCUGUGAGGUAUGCAAGAUGACUCUAAACAUGAAGAACUACAAAGGCUUUGAAAAGAGACCAUACUGCAAUGCACACUACCCGAAAACGUCAUUCACCAGUGUCGCUGACACUCCAGAAAACUUGCGCCUGAAACAGCAGAGCAAGAUGCAGAGCCAGGUGCUCUACAAGGAAGAAUUUGAGAAGAACAAAGGAAAGGGCUUCAGUGUUGUGGCUGACACGCCAGAGAUGCAAAGAAUCAAGAAAACACAAGACCAGAUCAGCAACAUUAAAUACCAUGAGGAGUUUGAGAAGAGUAGAAUGGGAGGAGAAGCUCCACCUCACCAUCCACCACAGCAGCAAAACACAACUCCAGCAUAUCAGCCACCAGCUGCAUCGCAGAACUACCACUAUGAGCCUGAACCAGUGCGUCAAGCUGCUGCAGCUCCACCACCCAGCUCUGGGAAGCGUUACCGGGCAGUGUAUGACUACACCGCAGCUGAUGAAGAUGAGGUGUCGUUCGUGGAUGGAGACUUGAUUGUGGAUGUGCAGCCAAUUGAUGAGGGGUGGAUGUACGGCAGAGUGGAGCGCACUGGUCAGCAGGGCAUGCUGCCUGCUAACUAUGUGGAGGCCAUCUGAGAAAGAGACCAAGAAAGGGAUAGAGAGGUGAAAAGAGAGAGAGAGAGAGAGAGGAAGAAGAGAGAGAGAGAAAAAGAGAAGGGGGUGAGAGAGUAAUGGAUAACAAGCCCAGUGCCAUCUCAUAUUUUAAGAGCUUUUUUCUUCUUUUCUUGUUUGUGCUAUCCUAUUAAUGUGUCUAUGCUGAUAACUCAUGCAAAACAAACACAUACAUGCAUACAUAAAUGCACACACACGAUUACACAUAGUGUAUAGAAGUACAUACACGGGUGUGUACCCUUUUAUUGCUCUGCCUGCUCUGUUUCUCUCUGUUGCUCCCUCUUUUGCUCUUGCUGUCUGGCUGUCUGUCUUUUCUUGUGUUUCUUCAAGUCUUGGAGAGGUGCUGUCACAAGUGGCACUUAAUGUCUUAAUGACAAACACAAACACACCCACAAGGGCCUACGAAUUUUUUCAAGGCCUGCCAUAUAGCACUUCGUGAACGGACAGCCCUAGCCACGUCAAUCAUUCCACAGUUGCCAUGACAAUGAGAAUCUAUUCCAAACUAUAUAUUUUUCUUUUCUGUGUCCUCUUCGCAGCCUGUCGUUGGUUGUAUCUAUCAUUCUGGCCCAUUGUGGCAUCUCAUUGGUCGUGCAGUAGUAAUGCUUGAACAUGAGACUUCUAAUCAUUCCAUUUUGUUCCACUGAGUCUUAAAGCAUAUCCGUCAGACCUCUUGCAUCAUGGGUAUCGUAGUGAAACUGGAAUAUAUAUUAUAUAGAAAUAUAUAUGUUUAAAAAAAGAACCUCCCACGCUGGCCUCAGUUCUUGAAUGGGUGUAGAAGAAGGAUCGGCCCUCCUGAUAUGGCAGUGUUGCCGUCAUGUCCUUCACAUUUAAUGCUUCAUCUCUGUGCUAUCAAUUACAUCAUGUAGACUUAAGGCUGUUCUGCUAGACACCUCCUGAUUUAAUGGUGAAGCAGUGUUCUUUACCACAACACCCACCAGUUACCUAGUUAGCUAAGAGCAGAACUGUAGAACCACUGAGGGGAGAAGAGCCUAAGCACAAUUCUGAGGACCAUUUUAGAGGGUUUUUUUUGUCUUGACACCUGUUAAGCCUAGUACUGGACUAAAUUUCACUGUUAAUGUUGAUUCUCUGGAAAAUGCUUUGUAGUCAUAGACUAAGCUAAAUCUGUACCAAGAGCUAGCCCUAAAUCUGUUUUUAUUUUUUUUAUGUUCUGGAACAUUCCAUGUGCAUCAUAUGAUAAUGUAUCUCAGCACUAUUUUGUAUAUUAUUUUCCUUCCCCCAUACUUUGCUUAUUCUCAUUGCCUUGUUGGUAUUGUAUGAGGCGGAAUUGUAAUGUCAGUUAAUCAAUAUUAGUGGAAUAAAACAGAUCUAUUUGUAUAUCAAGGCAGGCAAUGUUCCGUUUAUUUUGAGCUUUUUAGGACCUAGCAUGUCAUACUGUAACCUACUGAGAAAUACACACAAUCACUUUUGCUGCUCCUAGAUUUGUAAGAAACUUUCCAGACUAUACUGUACAUUGUCACAUAACGCAUUGUCCAAAAUACAUUCUCAGACUGAAAACAAAA